AUUUAAAUCCGCACGGCGCCCAACGACAGGAAGAAAUCCCCCUUCCUGCAACCCGAGCCAAGACAGCUUCACUUCCGCUACACCGGAACGCAAUGACGCCGCCCUCGGACGAUGGCAAGCCGUCGGCUGAAGGCACACCCAAGAGCGUUGGUGACCUGGCUCAACAGCAGCAAGCACUUCUCCAGCAACAGCUCCAACAGCAGCAAUUGCAGCUCCUCCAGCUCCAGCAGCAGCAGCUCCAGAACCUGGCUAACCAGAAUAUGAGCGCCACUGAGCUGGCAGCGCUGCAACAACAGCAACUUGCACUCUUCAUGAUGCCCAUGUUCCCGCUUAUGAUGCCACUCCAGCAACAGGCGCUGGCAGCGGCCGCGGCGACCACCGACAGCUCUACGACUGCCAACGCGACGUCCGAAGAGGCCGUGACGACAUCUUCUGAGACUGCGGAGGAGGAUGCGACGGCUACGGCUGAGUCUGCAGCUACAGCGUCCGGAGGCGACGCCUCGCCAACGUAUCAGACCGCGACUGCCGAGUCGCUGGGCCUCACGCCGCCAUUUGUGGGCACUGACGGGUUUGGAAUGCUUACAGGGACGCCCAGUAUCGAGGAGAUGCCUAAGCGUAAGCGCGGCCGACCGCCCAAGAAGGAUGUGGCGGCACGGGCCAAGGCCGAGGCAGAGAAGACGCUUAAGCAACAGUUUCCUAUGUGGGGAUAUGGUUUGCCAAUGCCGCUGCUGCCUGGGUUCCCGGGUAUGUUGCCGGGCAUGUCGAAUCCUGGCGCUGUCGUUAAGGACCACUCUACGGAUGAUGCGGGAAGAGAGGACGAUGGAGACAGUGAACGUCCCGCCAAGAUGGCGAAGAAGAAACCGCGCGGAACAGGCAAACCUCGGGGUCGGCCACGUACACGCCCUCGUCCCGGUGAGAUUAUUCGUCGGGUAAAGCCACUCCCUAUUGCGCCUGCAAACUAUUCGGUUAUGUACAACUAUUCUCUCUCCAACUUGGCGCAAAAGAGUGCGGAGCUUAAUGCUGAUGGAACCACAGCGGAUACGGACACGGCGGUCACGGACGACGCACAAGAUGAUAACCGACUGGCACCACUAAGCGCGUCGCUGCUAUCUGGAGAGCACGAGUAGCUUUCAACUUCAUCUGAUAUUGCGCAGUCGAUGUAGCGACUGCAUUAAUACCCCGUUCUUGUUUUAUACACAAGUCAGUUUUAAACGAUGCGUUUUAAACUAUGUGGACGUCUAUGAGGUGAGAGCAUAAAUAACG